AUGUCUGGUGCAGUCGCUCCACCCAACAAGGAUGGCGCGGUAGACAAGUUUACUAUGGAUGAUGAGCGUCCCUUCGAUUCAUACAUCGCUAAAUAUAACGCUGAGAAGGAGUUGAAGAAAAAUCCUGCCCUCCAAGCAGAAUUACAUGGACAAAGGACUGCAACGUCUUCCGGUCCAAAUACACCUAAACGGAAAAGAUCUCGCGUCUUCUCGCCGAUAGACGUACUGCCCCAUUUUACCUAUCCAAUUUUCGUACCGAAAAAGAACCUAGGCGCUCUGGGCAAACUCUUCGAUACGAUAUCAUUGAUAAGCACCGAUGUCAAUCACGAUUUUCUCAAUAAGCUUGCUGAUUAUGGAGUUUUCUACAGAGCUGUGAGGUCACUCGCUCCUACGAUUAUCCACGUUUCAUCUCUUCUUUCCAUCGUCACUACCGAGGGCCACGGUGCCCCCGGUCGUAAGCGCUCCCUACGAAGUAUUUGCUCGAGCCCAAGCCUGCUGUCAAGCAAUAUCAAGACUGUCUAUCCCAUGAUCCGGUUCACAGAACCCGCAGAUCUCGGGCCAACUACCAGCCAAUUAUAUAGCACCGGCAACAGCCCACAUGUAGUCACAAAAGACAGCUUCGAAUACUUCCUGCAAUUGCUGCUGAAUGACCAACAAGAGAUGAUCCAGAAGGUGAUCGUCUUAUCAGAUCGCACUAACAACCCUGUCCAUCUCAUCCCAGCAACCUCGGGAUCACCUCCUCAUCUUAACCGCCGAGUCGCCCAUCCUCCACCGCCAGAUUGCCCAACACCUAUCCCGAGUGUCCACGACAACGACUACCAUGUCCUCAGCACCUCCAACUCUCAACUCCCCAUCACGCGCCCACACUACCCCCUCUACACUCCCACCAUGAGCGUCCCCAAACGUGAACACAUCGAAGACCUCACCGCACACGAAUGGUGCCAAACCCUCCUCUUCGACCCGACUAUAACCCGCGUUUCCAAGCGCAUGAUCCCGGAUGAACGCAAAGACGUGUCGAACUCGUUCUUCACGCAAACGCUCUUCACCGACGACGCGGUCCGCGCCUACAUCACGCUGUACCGGGCUGCCAAGCAGGGGGGAGAAGCCGGCGCUGGGGACGCCGUCUUUACCAGCGCAGCGCCGACGCUAGACGGGCAGGGGUACGAGGGUGACGCGGCGCGCCAGCGUGAACGGCAGGGGCCGCGGGAGGAGAAGGUCUGGGACCCCGCGGAUCCGGAUACGGCGGAGGGUAUUACGCUCGUGUCGCUGGGCGAGGGGAUAGACGGCGGGGUGAGGCGGCUGCAUGGUGGUGUUUCGGCGACAUUGUUGGAUCAGGUCAUGGGCACGCUGAUAUCGUAUGUGUAUGAGAAUACGUGCGCGACGUCGGAGUUGAGGGUCAAGUAUCUGAAGGCAGUUGUUACGCCGUGUGUGCUGCUCUGUCGGGCGAAGAUCGUUAGGGAGGUGGGGAGGUGGGUCGAGGUUGUGGGGUGGGUUGAAGAUGGGUGUGGGACUGUGUUUGCGGAGGCUUGGGGCGCUUUUGUGUUGUCUAAGGCUGGGUCGUCGAAUUUGUAG